AUGGAAAUGUCUUCUCAAUCCCGACAUCAACAUCAUUAUCAUCAAACAACCUUCCUCCUCGUAAACCUAAUAUCGCCUCCAGUCACGGUCGAGCUCGUCCGAAAGCGUGCAGAACACAACGAGGGAGAGCUGUCCACGCUGGAAGAGAUCUCUCUCCACCAGCAAGACAUCGAGAAAAUCGAACACCUCCAUCGCUGGUGCCCGCGUCUCCGGAUCCUCUACUUACAAGGGAACCUCAUUUCUAAGAUCGAGAACCUAGGUCGUCUUCGCGAGUUGGAGUAUCUGAAUCUCGCCCUUAACAACAUCGAAGUCAUUGAGGGUCUUGACAGGUGCGAAUCCCUUAGGAAACUCGACCUUACUGCCAAUUUCGUGUCUGAAUUGACCACGAUACUCUCCCUUCAGGAUCUUCCUAAUCUGAAGGAGCUCUUCCUCACUGGAAACCCCUGCACAAGUUACCGCGGCUACCGACCGUGGGUGAUCUGCGCUCUGCCUGGUCUCGAAGAUCUGGACGGACAGCCGAUAACGAGGUCGCAGCGUAUAAGGGCCCUGAGGCAGUUCACGGAGGCCCAGACAACCGUCCUCGCCGAUCAGCAGGAGGAACUUGCGAAGCGGGUGAGAGAAAAGGAGAAAUAUCUGAACGAAAAUAACGGAGAUGAAAACGAAAACGGAAACAUCGAACAAAGUGAUGAAGAGUGGUGGGCGGGCCGCAGCGACCACACCCCGGAGGCGCGUCUGGCCAUGCACAGGGAGAUGCAGCGGAGGAGACAGAGAGAUGAGAGACAAGCCAGUGAGGAGGAUGUUAAGAAGAAGCGUGUCCCCCGCCUCUUCGCCUCCGACGGGCGGCCCCUCAACGCCAACGCCGCCAAGGUCCAGUUCGACUUCAAGGAGGACGAGCAGCGCAACGCGUUCGUCCUCGAGGUUCACACUUAUAAGUACCUCGACGCCAGCCAGGUACAGUGUGACGUAGAACCGUGGUACGUCAGAGUGACCAUAAGGGGAAAAGUACUUCAGCUGGUGCUUCUGGAGGAGGUCAGGCCAGGUCAGUCCACAGCGCAGAGGUCGCAGGUCACAGGUCAUCUGCUGGUCACCAUGCCCAAGCUAGCGCUGCCCACCUCCGCCGGCCGCCCGCGGGAGGAGGCGCUUCCGCUCGUCCGCCCGCUCACGGCACCUGCGCGCACCUGCGGGAAAACGGACGCAGGCGGCGACGGGGACAGAAGCGCCUCCACCUUCCUCGAGAUCGCGGAGGGCGCUGGAAAGGCCCCAGACUACAGGAACAUCGUCGUCGACCCUCAAGCCCCCUCAAGCCCCUCCCCUUCAAGCCGAAGCUCCGCCCCUUCAUGCGCGCGCAGUCCCCUUGGCUCCGCCCCCUCCUCCUUCGCCGCCUCCAGGAGCCUUCAGGAAAGACCGAAUUCUCCGGGUUUUGUGGAUGACCCGGAUGUGCCUCCUUUAGAAUGAGGGAAAUGGGGGAAAAUAGUGAUAAGACGCGAACUAAGAAUGGUGAUGAUAAUGGGUGUGAAUGGGAUGAGAGGGGAGAAGAAUGAGAAGAAGAAGGGGAAGAGGGGAAGGAGGAGAGGAAGAGGGAAGAGGAGGAGUAAGUAGAGAAUGAGGAGAGGAGGAGUAAGAAGUGGAAGAGGAGAGGAAGAAGGAAGAAUAGGAUAUGGGAAAAUGGAAGGCUCAAGAAGAAAAUUAGGAAUAACAUACGAAUGGAGAAGAGGAGGAGGUCCAAGAAGAUGAGGAAGAGGGACAGAGAGGAGGAAGAUAAAGAUAUGCAUGGAAGAGGAGGAAGAGGAAAGAAAAGAAGAGAACAGGAAGAACGGUAGAAGGAAGUAAAAGCAAGAGAAGACGAGAAGAGUAGAAGGAGAAAAAGAAAGAGGAAUAAGUAGAAGAGGAGAGGGAGAGCAGAGAGAAAUGAGGUGGAAGAAGAAAAAUAAGGGAGGGGAGACGAAGAAAGGAAGAGGAAAUAAAAAGGAGAAAUAAAUAGAGGGGGAAGAGGAGGAGGAAGGUA